AUGCGUUCAUGGGUGUACCAUUCAAAGAUUCGCCCAUGUAAAAGUGCUUCCUCUUCAAGCAGAGCAGAAUCGCCGACCAUAAGCGAAGUACAAGGAGAAGACGCUCGUCGGGUUCCAGUUGGGGAGUCGGGUAUAAGCCCGAAUGCCCAGCCAGUUGCAACCCUUUCAUGAACUCCUUCGACUAUACAGAUCUUCUCCAUUGACUGAUCUUGCACGUAAUGGUUCAGCACGGAUAAUCCGCAGCCUACAUCGAUGAAGCCUAUUUCCUUAUUGACACUUGAAAAUCUUUCAAAGACUGCCCUUUUAAUGUCACCCACCGCGGCUCACUAUAUAGUCGUGAGGCUUGCUCAAACGAGUCGAUUGACGCAUUCAAAGUCCACGGAAUCGGUCGUUCGUCGAUCUUUAUGAUGGAUUUGACCCCGAUACAGCCAAUGGUUGCGUAGGAGAAGAUGAUUAGUUGUCCACAGCCCGCUCGAAUGGAGAAAGCAGCAUGUCAGACAAACCGCUCUGGACCGAUACAUUCAACGAAACUACGACACGUUCAGGACAGCCAAUCAUUCUGAGCAUUGAACAGAAAGCAGGUAGGCAAAGCCCGGGUACUCCCACGAAAUACGUUAGAUGGUCAGGAAGAAUUCUCUUCGAAUUACCAACAGGGCUCAUUCUAUCGUUGCACGCUAGUACCGACCUUCAACUGGACAGCUUCGAGCCAGCACCCGGUCCCGACAACUGCUUAUAAACGUCAUCCAAUGUUUUCAUGAGCUUUCGAUGUAUUAUGGACAGCAAAAUAUGAUUAGUC